UUUGGCUUGCAGUCCCUCAAAUCAAAAGGAAACAGAGGUUAUCUAUUUUCCGACGUUUCGGCGCAAUGUAUUUUGCCUUCUUCUUGGGAUCACUAAAAUGGUUUAUACAAUAAGUUUAAUUUUACAUUUCUAUUUGUGUGUCAUUUACUUACUAGAGUUCUGUUUUUUGUCAUUGUCUGUUUAAUUUCUACAUAAAAUUGUCCUAUUUUUGUUCGUCGCAUCACGUUGAAGUUCAUGGACACGAGCUACUUCGUAUUCCGGAACCAAUUCUACGAACAGAUCGAAGGAACUGCCAUGGGUAAUCCACUAUCCCCAGUACUUGCUGAUCUGGUCAUGGGGAUCCUACUUGAUACAGUAACCAGUAAGACUGACAUUGUCUUCACUGUGUUGCGUAAAUACGUGGAUGAUCUGAUGCUUGUCAUACCAGCUGAUAGAUUACAGCAGGUUCUAGACAUCUUCAACUCAUACCACCCGAGUAUCCAAUUCACAUUUGAAGUGGAAACAGACGGUAGGCUCCCAUACUUAGACAUGACUCUAGUUCGGCAAGAAGAUGACACCAUUCGAACCGAGUGGUAUAUGAAAGCCAUCGCAUCGGGUCGUUUGUUGAAUUUCUCAUCUCUCCAUCCUCUCACCCAAAAAAUCAACACCAUCAAAAAUGUCAUCGAUCGGGUAAACCGAUUAUCCACCAACUGGGAUGAAGAGAAAAAGCGAGAAGUCAUCGCUCAAAUUCUGCAAACCAACGACUACCCCCGAAACCUCAUUAAUCGCUUUCUGAACCGAACACACUGGACAUCUACGCACACCAUUACAGCCGACGAUCACACGACCGAAGAACACACGAUUGGACCGCCUCAAGCUAAAAUAUACCGAUCUCUCCCCUACAUCCCGUCACUUACACCAAAAAUCAGCCAGAUACUACGACACGACUAUCCCUCCGUAAUAAUAUGCCCACGGAGCGUGCACACGAUAAGGGAUCUCUACACACGCAUUAAGGACCCGAUACCCAUGGAUCAUCACCAUAACGUGGUGUAUCGAAUACAGUGCGGAAACUGCGACAAAUGCUACAUCGGUAUGACCGGCAACCUGCUGAAGAAGAGAUUGUCGGGCCAUCGGAGCAAUCUCAACCAACUGGAGAACCUAUUAGAGUCAGGCCGUACAUAUGCAGAUGAACCAGUGAGAGCACUCAGAGAAAAAACAGCUCUCUUGGCCCACUGCAUCGACCACGACCAUAGGUUCAUCUACGAGACAACACGAAUAGUCGAUCGGACGUACAAGAGAAACAUUCUCCCGAUUCUAGAGAUGAUACACAUAAGCAACGACAACGAUUCCAUCAACAAACGAACAGAUACAGAUAGACUUAGCAGUACGCUCUCUGGACUAAUACACAGAAUUAACACAGUCAUGACAAAAAACACUAAUGGACAAAAUAACAGAAACACCAACCACCCAUCCGACCCCACCUAAACCAUAACACAGAUCAGUUACCAAACAGUCUACCGAAGCAGUGAGUGAACUUGAACUUCAACGUGAUGCGACGAACAAAAAUAGGACAAUUUUAUGUAGAAAUUAAACAGACAAUGACAAAAAACAGAACUCUAUGAUCCCAAGAAGAAGGCAAAAUACAUUGCGCCGAAACGUCGGAAAAUAGAUAACCUCUGUUUCCUUUUGAUUUGAGGGACUGCAAGCCAAACCAUAUUUGAUAGAAAACUUUACAGUCGAUAAAUCAAGAUUAUGCCAGUAAAUUCUCCAAGAAUUUCUCCAGGAAAUACUCUAGGGAUUUCCUCAGAGUUUUUUCAGGGAUUCCUCCAUGAAUUCCUUCAGAUAUUCCUCCAAGAUUUGCUUCAGGGAUUGUUUCAAGAAUUUAUACAAGAAUUUCUUCAGGAAAUUCUCCAUGAAUUCCUGCUGGGUCUCACCCGAGAAUUGCUCCAGGAAUUCCUCCAGGGAUUACACCAGAGAUUUGUUCAGAAGUGCCUCCAGGCAUUCCUUCAGGAUUGUCUCUAGAGAUUUUUCCAGGAAUUGCUUCAGGGAUUCCUCCAGG